AUGUAUUACGCUGAUAACUCCCCGUCAAUUGGGGCAGAAAUGUGUGUGAAUUUGUUGGAUCUGUUAAGUCGAACAUAUGUAUUUACAAAUGGCUCGAAAAUGUACAUAUGCUUCUCAAAAAGAUGUAGAAAGCAGCUGGCUUUUGACGGGCAUCUUUACAACAUAAAUGGAUUUCUGAAUCCGGAUAAUUGGAACCUUUGGCGAUGUGCGAAUACGGCAUGUAGAGGGACAAUUCGCACGUCUCGUAAUCUAACAGAACUACGUGUUCGAGAUGCACAUUCCGCUUGUUGUCGUCCAGAUGACAUCCAGAUCAGAUUGCGAAUUACCGUAUACGAUCUCAGAUUAAUAGCAGAGUUUACCGAUAUACCUCUCGACGCCCUUUAUCAUGCAUAUCUUGAUAAGGUGAUGAAUGAGCAUACGGAUAUUGUACACCUCUUCCCGUCUUUCGAAACUCUUCGCUCUAGUCUUGAAGAUCAUCGGGCUAAUCUUAUAUAUCGUAAAAGAUUCGCCAACGAAUCACGCGGAACCAUUCCUCAAACCACAAACUUGAAUCCACGACCAAUUAGCGAUAGCAAUCGUACGGUAAAAUUUCGACCAACGAAACCGUUUCCUCCGACCAUGUGCAUGAGCUGUAAUGCAAUAUUUGGAAGCACUCCAGAAGUUCCAUCACAAGACCAGUUACUGGAACAUAUGUUUUUUGAUCACAACAGAAGAACAUCUGUCAUAAACCGAUUUACAUUUGAUGAUCCUGGAUCAUUUGAGCAAUGGAUUCGUGAACUACAGUAUCACAGCAAGUACCGUA